AUGGCUACAGAAAAAACGGAGGUUCUGCCUCAGGAGCAGAAUAAUCCUCCACCAACAGAGGGAGGUGAAAAGGGGGAGACGCUGUUCAACGAGUUCUAUGCCGAGGUGAAAGCUAUAGAACAUCGGGAUUCUGUUUUGACACCAAAACAACAAAUUGACAAAUUAAAUCGACCAGGUGCUACCUAUUUUAAUCUGAAUCCUUUUGAGGUGCUUCAAAUUGAUCCUGAUACACCAUUUGCAGAAAUAAAGAAGAGGUACAGACAGAUGUCAAUUUUAGUCCAUCCAGAUAAGAAUUUAGAUAACAGAGAAAGGGCACAAAAGGCUUUUGAAGCUGUAAAUAAAUCAUAUAAAACAUUAGAAAAUGAAGAAGGAUAUCGGCGGUGUAGAGAAAUCAUUGAUGAAGCCAGAAUCCGAGUGAAUGAUAUGAUCAAACAGAAAAAGAAACAGAAUAAAAAGGAGGGAAAGCCCCCUUAUGUACCUGAAGAUGAUGAGGACAAGUACAAGCACGCUGUCCAUGUUCAGACCUGUAAACUGUUUGCUGACCUUGAAAGGAUGAGGCAGGAACGAGAAACCAAAGAUAUGCAUGAACGAAAAAGGAAAGCAGAGGAUGAGGCUGCUGCUGAAGAAAAGAAAAAAAUGGAUGCUGUCUGGAACAAAAAUUUUGAGGAGAGUCGGACAGAAAGGGUGGAUAGUUGGAGGUCAUGGAAAAGUGGUGGCAAAAAAGCAAAGGGCGUGUUUAGACCUCCAAAGCACAGAGCUGAGAAAAGAUAACUAAAUGAUUCCUCUACACCUUCACAAAAACAUCACCAGUUGUUUUGAUAUUAAAGUGUCUAUGGGGUGUAUUCCUGUCAGUCUCAAACAGAAUGGUU